AAUGCUACUCAAAUCCCAAACUUCUCAGCUUCCUUCACUUCGACCCCUAAACUCUAGUCAAGACUCUUUUGUGUACAAACCACCCCCCAACUCUCUCUUCUUCUCCCUAAUCUCACUUCUCUAAUUAUUGCCAGCACACCCAAAAAACUACCGCCACCUUCCUCCACCAGUUAGGUCCAUUGAUUGGUGUUGGACAUGAAGUUCGCCGUUAAGCCAAUUACGGCCCUGUAUUUAACCGGCAGGACAGACCUCGACCAGAUGCCGGACACACCAAACCGCGGGGCCCAUCACCGGCGGACCCAGUCUGAGACCUUCUUCCGCUUCCCCGAUGUCGACGACAUACUGUUAGAGGACGUGGUCGCCGACUUCAACCUCGACCUCUCCAAGACUGAUACGCCCAUGAUGACAACCGCAGAUCCAAGCAAGUCAGCAGACUCAGCCAACGGCCAAGAUAAACCCAGCAAGCCAAUGGGGCCGGCGGCACAUUUGCGGAGUCUCUCUGUUGAUGCUGACUUUUUUGAGAGUCUAGGGCUUAAUUACUCGGGCGCCGCCGUGGACGGCGGAGACGGUGAGAAGAAUCCGGCGACGGGGAGGAGAAUAGGGGGUGUUGGCCAUCAUAGGCAUAGCAAUUCGAUGGAUGGGUCUAUAACGGCGUCGUUUGAGAUUGACAGUCCUAAGAAGGCUAUGGGAGCCGAGAGACUUGCUGAGCUUGCUUUGAUUGAUCCCAAGAGAGCUAAAAGAGUUCUUGCAAAUAGACAAUCUGCAGCGCGAUCAAAAGAACGAAAAAUACGAUACACCAGUGAACUGGAGAGGAAAGUGCAGACUCUUCAGACAGAAGCAACCACCCUGUCUGCCCAGCUCACAUUAUUGCAGAGAGACACUACUGGUUUGACUGCUGAGAACAAGGAGCUCAAACUGCGGUUAGAGGCAAUGGAACAACAAGCACAUCUUCGAGAUGCUCUGAAUGAAACAUUGAGGGAAGAAGUACAGCGGCUAAAGAUAGCAGCUGGACAAAUACCUGCUGUCAAUGGAAACAACUUUAACAGUGCACAGCUGCCUCAAUUUUCCUCCCACCAACAAACCUUUCAUCAUUUUGGAAACCCCCACACACAGCAACCCCAACAGCAACAGCAGCUUCACAUACCUCGUUCGGACUCCAACAACCAGACUCUUCCUGGACAGCCCCAACCUAGCUUCUUGGACUUCAAUCAUUAGGGUUUGAUAACAUCCCGGGGAUACAAUGCAAGUAAUUCAGUGUUCGGGAAUUAGAAGGUAAAACAUUGAAGGUGGGAUGUUGUAUAUAUAGAUAUGUAUAUUGGUUGCAGGUAAAGCUUGUGAAGUGUGUUGCUCAGAUCAGUCCUUCAUGUGACGUAUACCAGCUAUAUUACUCUUAGGGCAGAAAUGUUGCUGUGGAGCAGUUAGAUCUUAAAGUUAACUCAUGGGUCAAUAGUAAUGUCUAUUGUAGCUUGUUCUCUAUUUUCAAGUGCUGGAAAAAGAGUUUUCUUCUUGAGCUCGAAUGGUCUUUUGCAGGAGCUUGAUACAAGUAAUUAUUUCGUUUUCAAUUAGAAUGUCUGCCUUAUCCUCUCUCUAUGGGUUUAUUUCGGGAAAAAAAAAGGAUCAUGAAUUAUGUCGAACAUCAUAG